GUCUCUGCGUUUUCUUUUCCUACUGGAAACAAGGGAAGACUCUUUAAAAUUCUUUCCAAGUUCUGGCUUAAUUUGUUCUCUUAGUUUGGGAUGCAGGGAGGUAAUUACUGUGGUUUAUUACCUUGUAAAAGAUCCAUAAAUUUUGUGCCUGUUUGGGGGAGGGGCUGUUGGAAUAGCUUUCAGAAGCUUGGUAUGAAGGAAUGGGUUUGCUUUGUUCUUUCAGGAGUUAUUUAUUUUAAAAAGUUUUCUGAGUUUUUGUUUUCUAUUCCGCGGGCCUCAGUCUUCCCUAAAAUUUGCUCCCCAAAUAGAUGUCAGGUUGUUAAUUAAGUGCAACAUGCUAUUCAGUGAUGCUGUAAGGCUGAUAUGUUGUUCUGGAUACAAUUAUUAUCUUAUCAGAUAGAACGUAAACAGGGGAACAGUAAACCUGGGUUACUUUCUCAGCUUCUGUAUGUCUAUUUAUAUCAAGUAUAGGUUGAGUAUUUUAGGAAUUUGCAACUCACUGUGUACAUAUGAUUUGAAUCUCUGCACACAACAGAAUCACUGCAUGUGUACAUAGUCACAGGAGUUGGAGACCAUGUGUAUAAAAUGAUAUACACAUCCAUAUGUGUCCAGAGAACUUGGAGCCCAUUUGUACUGCAGUUGCACCCACAGGAAAUAUCUCAUGUUAAAUAAUGAUAUAUAACCUACACACACACACACACACACACACACACACACGCACACGCACACACACACAGACAAAAGUGGGCUAAGCAGGCCUUACCAGACACUAAGAAAAACCAUUAGAGCUAACUAAAGGGAGAAAAAUGUUAAGUGUAUUUUUGACAGAGAAAUCAGAUUGCAGUGUUUGGAUACAGAUAUAUCUAAUCUGCCAACAGCCUUGCAAAUAUUGACUAAAGCCCUGUAUCCAUGCUCACCUGCUCCUUCCAAGACAACUUUUGGCUCUGGUGAAAUGGAUUCAGGGCAUGUGUCCCCAGCCCUGGCCAGGUUGGGGGCUGGAGUGGAAGGGGGGACCGGCAGCUAGAUUUUCCCGGCUGGGCUUCGAUACUUGAGUAUCUCUAUUCUUGUUCUCUGGAAAUGAACUUUAAAAGGUCCAUAGCCUUGUUCAAGGAGAGUGGAUUUCAGAGUGGUGAGGGAGGACUCUCAGCUGCUGGUUCCCUGGUGGCCUGCCCAGACCAAGGUCUCUCUUAGGAAAGCCAUUUUCACCUCAAAAGUUAAAUUUCUCUUGACUUCCUCAGAUUUUUUCCUCCACAUCCCACCAAAUCACCCCAUUCCAACCCAAGUCGUUAAUGUUAAUUGUUAAACAGCAGUUGGAGCAUUAACUGGGCUGUUAAUAGCGGCAGUGGAGGCUCCUGGCUAGAGCCGAGAUGCCGCUGGGCCUUCCUGGCGUUAAGGCAUUUCUCUGAAGCAGUACCAAAUACUUCUCUCAUUGAUUUAUGGCCUCGGAGUUACGAUUUGCUCCAGACUGUUCUGAGAGUUCUGAAGGGGGCCCCUUCUCAUCUUUGAGUUGAAGUCUCUGCAGAAACUUUGGUUGGGGGAGAUGGGAGUUUGCCAGCAAUUUGGCAAUACUUCCAGGUCCUUUCUAGGCUACCUGGAGAGUUCGGUGUGAAAUAUUUGGCACAGGCAGGGUGGGGGGACUGCAUAAGGGGAGCAGAGGACAAUGUGUUAGUUGUGUGAGUCCUUGGGGGACUGCAGAGUGCUUUUUGGGAAACCAGCCUUUGGUUCUAUCCCCCACACCCCAUACCUGAGAGAAGUAGGUUUGCACUUUGGGUUCUCACUUUCCAGCUUGUGGCUUAGGUCAGAGUUGGGUCAGUUCACAGAGAGGUUCUCUCCCAGCUCCACCACAGACAGAACUUUGUUGGAAUACUGCCACCAGCGUAGGCCAGGGCUCACUUCCAAAGGAUUAGGUCUCCUCCUCUUUUAUUGCCCUUCUGAUUUGGACACCCCCGUGACCAGGCCCCCUUACUGAGGGCCUUACAUUCUCACUAGGCCCCUGCAGGGCAGGAGAGGAGGAGGAGGAAUCCUGUAGCUGCUAUAAGUGAGUCCUCACUCUUAGAGAGGCCUAGCCAGCUGAAGAUCCACUCUAAAGAAAGAAAAGAAUAAGGCACCAGGAGCCCACCACUUCAGAAACUAAGAAGUUCAGAAACUAAGACCUGAAAAGAGAAACUUUUAAGGCAGGUCCUGAGAGGGUGAAGUGUUACAAUCAGUAGACAGUAUCACCAAGCAGAAGUCAGGAGUAGAAGCAGGGCAGGGCCGGGGGGUGGGGGUGGGGGGUUGGUUCAGCUCGGUUGCUCCAGAGCAGAGUUGGUCCUGUUCAUUUUCUGCUGGUGGACAGACUUGUCUUAGGGGAGGGUGGACAGACCCAUCUGCAAAAGGGUCCCAGGUUACCUUGUAGGUUAAUUCAAGGGAUGCCAGCAAAGAUUGGUUGUAUAUAUAGUUUUUCUCUUACAGAGUCAAUUAGAUCAUUUCCCCUUACAUUUUCCAUUGUUAGAAGCCUAUAAUUUCAUGUAUCGCUCAGCUGUGCACUGAGGAAGUACGCAAGUGUAGGUUUAGCCAGGGCACUGAGUCCCUCCAGAUUUUGCAAAACCCUGGCCCACCACUCUAGAGGCAAGCACCUCUUCCCUAGAGGGCUCUCAUUGAACAAAAUCAACUUAGCCUUUUGUCAGGUAAUUUGGGGCCUUUUGGCGUGGGUGGUAGCAAACUCCAUACAAUGGCAGGCCAUGAGGGAGUCCACUGACUAAGCCAGUCAUUACUGGGUUUUCUUCUGGAAACAGGGCCCGGGCCUUGCCUUUUGACGUACUGGCUAGCAGGCCAGAGGAGACUGGCGUGCUUGGGUGUGCAGGCUUCAGCUUGUCUGCGUGUGGAAGACUGUACAGAAAGUUACAUGGACUCUGAGAAUGGGGACAGCAUUGCUGUUUGGAUCAUUUGUAAAGAAAUAUAAGUGGAGAUAAGUGGCCCAGUGUGGCACAUGUGGGGGGGGGGGCCAGCGUCCUACUGCCCUAGAUGAAACUCUUCCCCACUGCUGGGCAAGGUUCCCCACUUCCCCUCCCCCAAAGCUGAAUGUUCUGCUUGGAAACCUAGUCCCUUCAGUGAUUUCCUAUUUCAAAUAAAAGGAUUUAAGUUGACGUAUGACCACGUGAGCACAUAAUACAGCGCAUUAUUGUGGCAUUUGGAGCGGAGACCCGGGCGGGCUUCGCCUGUGAUUACGUUUUCUAGAUUCUCUACAGAGCGAGAGCUUUUUCCCCCCACCCCCACGCACCCACCUCCUCCUUCUCCUUCCCCUUCUCCGGAGAGCGCUCUCCUAGCGGGUUGCAGUUUUCAGCGCUCAUGGAGCGGUUCUGGGCGAGCUAGCCGAUGGGACUCGAGGCCACACCAGGAGGAUGGAAUUUAUUUUAAGGUCUGCGCGGGGCAGUCAUUGGCGGCGGAGUAUCACGUGACCGCGGGGGCGUGCCAAUGUGCGCCCUCAAGGGUGUCAAGCCCCUGUCAGAGUGUGCGAUCAAGAUUGUGAGACAACGCGAUGCAAAAAGCGACCUACUACGACAGUUCGGCGAUCUACGGUGGCUACCCCUACCAGGCAGCCAACGGGUUCGCUUAUAAUGCCAAUCAGCAGCCGUAUCCGGCGUCCUCGGCACUGGGCACUGAUGGCGAGUACCACCGACCUGCCUGUUCACUCCAGUCGCCCGCCAGUGCCGGGGGCCACCCCAAGGCGCACGAGCUGAGCGAGGCGUGUCUGCGCACCCUGAGUGGCCCGCCCAGCCAACCCCCAGUCCUCGGCGAGCCCCCCCUGGCCCCGCCGCCCCCCCAGGCCGCGCCCCCCGCUCCACAGCAGCCUCAACCCCCGCCACAGCCCCCAGCACCCGCUCCUGCCGCGCCCCCGCCCCCCUCUUCAGUUUCCCCACCUCAGAAUGCCAGCAGCAACCCCACGCCUGCCAGCGCAGCCAAGAGCCCCCUACUCAACUCACCCACCGUGGCCAAACAAAUCUUCCCCUGGAUGAAAGAGUCUCGGCAAAACACAAAGCAGAAAACCAGUGGCUCCAGCUCAGGGGAGAGCUGCGCUGGCGACAAGAGUCCGCCCGGGCAGGCGUCGUCCAAACGGGCGCGCACCGCCUACACGAGCGCGCAGCUGGUGGAGCUGGAGAAGGAAUUCCACUUCAACCGCUACCUGUGCCGGCCGCGCCGGGUAGAGAUGGCCAACCUGCUGAACCUCACAGAGCGCCAGAUCAAGAUCUGGUUCCAGAAUCGCCGCAUGAAGUACAAGAAGGAUCAGAAGGGCAAGGGCAUGCUGACGUCAUCAGGGGGCCAGUCCCCAAGUCGUAGCCCGGUGCCCCCCGGCGCGGGCGGCUAUCUGAACUCUAUGCAUUCGCUGGUCAACAGCGUCCCAUACGAGCCCCAGUCGCCCCCGCCUUUCUCCAAGCCUCCCCAGGGUGCCUAUGGGCUGCCCCCCGCCUCCUACCCCGCACCCCUGCCAAGCUGCGCGCCCCCACCGCCCCCACAGAAGCGCUACACCGCGGCGGGGGCAGGGGGCACACCCGACUAUGACCCGCACGCUCAUGGCCUGCAGGGCAACGGCAGCUAUGGGACCCCACACUUACAGGGAAGCCCCGUCUUCGUGGGGGGCAGCUAUGUGGAGCCCAUGAGCAACUCUGGGCCUGCCCUCUUUGGCCUAACUCACCUCCCCCACGCCGCCUCGGCAGCCAUGGACUACGGGGGUGCUGGGCCACUGGGCAGCGGCCACCAUCACGGGCCCGGGCCAGGGGAGCCGCACCCCACCUACACGGACCUUACCGCCCACCAUCCUUCUCAGGGAAGAAUUCAGGAAGCCCCCAAGCUCACCCACCUGUGAUGGUGGGCUCGGGGCUGCGCGCCAGGAGAGUCCCCCCCCCCCCCCGCCCCCACCUUUCUUCGUCGUUUCCCUGUUUUGUUUUGUUUUAAGAUUCUUCCUGUCCUCUCUUUUCUGUUCUCCGCCCCUUCUACCUUCCCCUCCCCCUCGUUUUGUUUUCUUUGGUAACGCGUUUUUAUAGUUUAUGUGACGUAGCAAUCUUGGUUGCUGGAAUGGCUGUCAGUAUCAGUAGCGAUGUUUAUCUCCUCCUACCCCCUCGCUCGGCCGCUGGCCCUGCACCCUUUACUUUCUCUACUCUUUGAUCAGAAACAGGGUAUAUGAACAAAUUUUCUAGCCGAGUUCUUCAAUGUGAAUUUGUUCGUACAUUAUGGCUCCCGAGGGGAAGCAAUUACUUUUUUUUUUUUUAACUUUUAGAUUUUUUUUUUAAAUUGCACUUCUUGUAAAGAGCGAGAAAAAAAUCAAAGGCGCUUUGAAACAGGGGCUCCCUGUGCAAGGACGACUAAGUGUACGUCUUUCCGUGUGUGUAUGCUGGUGAACAGUCAGAUUUAUUUAUAUUUUUUUUGCAAGCAUUGAAUAAUCUAAGUUUUAAAUAUUAUUUAUCCCCAUCCGUUCGUAUUUAUAUUAAAGAAAUUCUGUACCCUGAUUGUUCAGAAGGUUUCUUGGGCCUUUUGUUCAAUAGUGUAUUGGCGUACAUAGAAAAAUUUUUUAUUUGAAAGGGAAAUAUAAUUCCUUUAUAAAAACGGUAAUGAUGCAAUAAUACCAGAGAGGAUCCAGCUUUUGAAAAGACUGAUUUACGUUUGUAACAUCCGGCCAAACUGAAAAAAAAAAAAAAAAACAAUCUGUAAACGUGAAAAAUGCUAGAUUUGUUUCGAGAGUUCUACAUUCCUUGCUGCUCACAUUCUGAGAAACUAAACAAAAAAAAAAUAAAUAAAGUUUUUAUUCUGAAUAA